AUGCUUUCUCUGCCUACACUGGCACCCAUCACCGUUCGUUGUCCUCCUUAUUACCACAAAAACCACAUUCAGCAUCAGAUCCAUUACGUCGAGCCGCCAAAGGAGAACAACAUCAUCAGUUGUCGAACAACCAUCUUCACUAAAAUUGAACUUCCUCUAAACAAGAAGAAAAUAAUUGCAGAAUUUUUCAAAUUCUGUGAAUUUGGCGGAUGGCAUCAUUCUGCUCGCCAUCGACGACAACAACCGCUGCCUCUUCAUCAACCUGCGCCGCCGCGUGGUGCUCUACAGGAUCAGCUUCAAACACCACGACGCCACCGCCAAAUUCAGCCCUUGCGGCAAGUUUAUCGCUGUAGCUAUUGGAGAACCUUGCGAGGUGUUCCACUGCGACUUGAGAGCAAGUCAUUUCUUGAGAAGAUGACUGUCAUUGAGCAUACCGUGACUUUUUUCUUGCCAAUAUGUGAAGCAAAAAAUGAAUACCUUUCUUCUAAUGCUCUGGUGCACCUUAUUAAGGAACUGUAUGGAAAUCAAAUUAAAGAGCUUUAUAAUAGUGUUCCUCAUCACACUUGGUUGAAUUUGUCAUUAAUGAUUACAAUUGAUGUGGCUUCUUUUCUACGUAAAGUGACUCUAAGUCUUAGAUAUGAUGAUCUUGUCUCUAUACUUCCAACAGCUAUUUGUGUGCUCACAUGGCUAAAGCAGAGUGAUUCUCUCACAACGACGAUGGUAAUGUGCAGGAGGAGUACUAAUAAGUUCAUUCCAGAACGGAUUUCUUAUGCAGAGGACGCAUUGGAAAUAAUGAGUUUACCAGAAGAUGAACCUGAUGUUUCUUGGGUCAAUUACUUUGUGAAAGAAGUUCCAUCUGAAAACGCUGGGCAACUAUUUAGCCUAGAGCAGAAGCGUAAUGGAGCGUUCAAUGACAUUAUGACAUCAUGGAUUGAUCAAUUGUAUAUAGAGCAGGAUAGAUAG